AUGCCUUUGGUUAAAACUGUUGACGCUUUUCUUAACCUUUCUUACUCACUUCUUCAAGCUUCGCCAGUAACAACUCGAAUUUCAACAAAAUAUCGUUUUGAUGAAGAGUCUAAAGGGUUUUUAACAGUAAAAACAUAUGAUCCGGUUUCUGGAAUUUGUAUUCGAUUUAGAACAGAUCAAGCAGUUGAUGUUAGUCGUCUUUUUUUAGGUAAAUCUAGGUUGGGACAUGUUAUGGCAAAUAUAAAUGUAUCAUUGGAACAAAUGUUGGAGCAAAUGGCAAAUCUGACAGAACAAAAAGUGGUGGAAUCAGGAAAAAAACAUAAGAAAAAAAGCAAGCGAUAA